AUGCCUUCCACCGACAAUCCUCCAGAGACCAUCGAUGCUGCGAACAAAAACCCAUGGACCGAAGAGACGAAGACCAAGUUUGAAACCAAGAGCAAGAGCAAAUAUAUGGACCCGUGCCAGGACGCCGCCAAGCGCAGCAUCAAGUGCUUGAACCGCAACAACGGCGACAGGGAGAUGUGUGGCGAAUACUUCCAGUACGGUGGUCAUGGAUUCCCCAGUUACAGAGUUCAACUAAUCAUUGCCGCAGAGCAUGGCGAGACUGUCGACAGGCAUGGAUGGACCAGCGCAAGGAGGAGAGAAAAAAGGCGGGCAGUUUCUUCUAAACGGCCAGCCGCGCCGAAAGACGUGUACGAAUGGAAUAGCAAUGCGGCUUGA